AUGGAACUCAAGGCUGGAGACAACUUGCCUAUCAAUUUCAACCUGAAGUGCAACAACCAAGAAGUGCUGGAUCAGAUCCAAAGUUCCACCUAUAUGCUAGCGGCUACUGCUCUGGAACGGAUCCCGGUCGCAAAACAAGCCUGCACAACACAAAACACUGGAGGAGAGGAGCUGCUCUGUGCCAUGAUUGAGGGUGUGACAGCUUAUGCUCAGACAGAGCCUGAGAAUGGACAGCCCAGUAGCAUGGAGGCCAUGGAAAGUGUGGAAUACAUUGAAACAAAAAAAGGUAAAAUCAAGUUGUUUGAGCUCAAAAAGGAGGAGCCGCAGCCCCCAACAGAAAUAAAGACACCCUGUGACCCAGAGCCAGCCCCUGAGAGUGGGGGGCUGGAACCAGAGCCUAAACCUGAGGAGGAGACAGAUGGCAACAACAUGUCCUCCAUUAUCUGUGAGAUUCCAAAGGAAUCUGAAAAGAGGAGGAGGAGGAAAAUGAGGUGUGUGAUGGAUGCAGAUGGAAUGCUGGAAAUGUUCCAUUGUCCCUAUGAAGGAUGCACCCAGCUCUAUGUAGCACUUAGUAGUUGCCAGAGCCAUGUUAACCUUGUUCACCAAAAAGGAAAGACGAAGGUGUGUCCCCACCCAGGUUGUGGCAAGAAGUUCUACCUGCCCAACCAUCUCCGGAGGCACGUGAUAAAUCACUCAGGAGUCCGUGAAUUUACCUGUGAGACCUGUGGGAAAUCCUUCAAGCGGAAGAACCACCUGGAAGUCCAUUGUCGAACACACACACCCCUGAGGUGUGAGAUCUGUGGAUACCAAUGCUGGCAGCAAUCUUCUCUCAACUGGCACAUGAAGAAGCAUACCUCAGAAGCCCAGUACAGCUUUGCUUGUGGGCACUGUGGAAAGCACUUUGAGAAAUUGGAGUUCCACAAGCUAAAGAGCCACAAAGCUGCCUGA